AAUGACAAAUGCUAAAAUUGCAACAUACACGGAAUGAUUCAGCUGCCCCUACCCAUGAGUUUUAUGUAACCUGCAACGCCUUCGAAUAUCGCGUGCCAGUUUUCAUAUUCUUUUGCUCGCUACGUUCAAAUUAUUAGUCCUACACCGAAGAAGACAGGACCUGUUUGUAGAAACUUGAAUGUACUUAAACGAAAAAGUGAUACGUUUUUCGCUAGAGGCCGAUGUUUUGGAUUUAUUUGGGAAAUACGUACAAAAGUGACGUUCGAAGGAGGUUUCUUUUUAGUAAGUCAAAAACUGUGUCUUCCAGCUGAAGCGAAUCACAACACAAAAUUUACCUGCAUUAAAUUUCCAACAAAAAUGUGUUGCUGAAUUUUUCCUUAGGAAUAACUGUUCGUGCGUAGCAAGUGAGGGAGUAAGAGAGUCACGAAUGUACUUUUCGAAGGCGUUGUGGCAUUCAUACAACUCGUAAGUAGGACAGCUGAAUCACCAUGUUUAUCUUAUAUAUUCCAGCAGUUUCGAUAAAAAGUGAGCGUUGCCUUUGCCGACAGAUGUUUUCGCUGCUACUCCUGGUGCUGCCCUUGCUGGCGGAGGGUGCUUCAUCAGACGGUGUGGGUUGUGUACUGCCAGCUGCCUCCACUGAGACGUUCUACAUGACUACAGAGGAGAAGCCGUGGUACCAGCAAUACCAGUACGAGGUACCCGGCCUGUUUGACCUGGGCUGCGUCACGUACGUCCAGUCGCCUGGGGAGAGCGACACCGAGAUGUAUCUCACUGGCAACUUCAGCAAAGCGCCUCUAUUUCCUCUGAACAGCUAUGUGUCAGUCACUGGAAACAAGCUGGACAAGGUCUAUGAUGGCGUUUGGGAAUCUCUACUGAGCGGACCAUAUAAUGUAGUGUACUCGCACGAGGAUUUCAUCAUGGACCACUACUGCUUUCUCGGAUAUGAAAUGGCUCAAAUCUUCACAACUGUCAAGGAACCUAGCGACGAGCUGAUGGAGCUGAUAUGGGAAGUUGUCAGUAAUCACACUGAAGUGGACAAGUCUAAAUUUAAGAAAGUGGUCUGUUAAUGCUGUACUUCUGAUAAAUAAAUAUUAAUUUAGCACAUCUUGAA